AAAACCAAAACACGUCACGGGUCAAAGUUAAAAACGUAGAAAACAGAAACAGCAUGGAGACGGAUCACAGACUUUGCGGAGGCGCCGCAAAAACCACCAAAAAAGGUGGGAGAAGCAGCAAAACACUGACUGAAGAAGAAGCUAGAAGGGCAGAGGUGUUGAAGGAGAGCUUGAGGGAGAGGGUGGAGUUGGAUAGAAGAGCCCUGAAGGUGGUGGAGCGUCUCUUGGAGGACAGAGUGACUGAAGACUUCCUGGUUGACUGUGCAAGAUUCAUUUUUCCUUCUAAUUACCAAGAUGCUGUGGAGGAGAGGUCCAUCGCUAAACUUUGUGGCUAUCCCAUAUGUCCAAAAAAACUGGACAAGAUCCCAACUCAACAGUUUAAGAUUUCUACGAAGUCAAAUAAGGUUUACGACAUCACAGAGCGCAAGCUUUUUUGCAGUAACUUCUGCUACAAAGCAUCCAAAGAGUUUGAGCUACAAAUAUCAACAACACCUCUUUGGCUCAGGCAUCACGAGAGUCCUUCAGAAAUUAAAUUGAUGAAGAAAGGAGAUUGUGGGAGUUCAGGUGAGGAGGUGUUGCUGUCACAGAGGCGUCUUCAAGAGGAGGACGUGGAGGACCCGCUGGCUGCUCGACCUGAGGACCCUCACAGCUCUCAGCAGCAUCGAGAUGCAGCCGGCCUAAAUCACAGUGAUCAUAGCGACAUUGAGCAGGAGCAGGACUUUGUCUCCAGCGUUGUCUCUAAGCGGCAGGGACCCAGGGUGCAUUGGGGUGACCUGCCCAAACGUUAUGAUGAAGGCGUAAAAGGAGAAGGAGGGAAAAUGGAGAGGCAAAGGAAACAGAGGAGGGAGGGGGAUGAAGAGGAAACAAAAGAUGAAAGCAAAAAGCAGUCUCUUCCAUGUAAAACAGAAUUUGACCCCGAAGACCCAAAACCUCAGCUCUCAUUAAACAUAGACAAACCUAAUGAGGAGAAGGUGACAGAGGAGCAAGGAUGGCAUGAAGAACCUAAUGUGAAGGAGGCUACAAUUCAGCUGGAUUUGUGCAGUUUAUCUGAGACAAUCACUCCCCCUGCUCCCCCACCUGACGACUCUGCAGCCAUUAAAGAGUCAACCCAAACAACAGAGAGCAAACAUUCCCCUCCAUCUACUCUGAACAGCCAAAGCACGGUCCUGACAGAACAACCGGGCCUCAACAUCACCCAGGUUGGUAUGAGUAAAAGAGGGGCAGCUGGGCUCCAAGACCUCCUCAAGAACCACACAGCUGGAGCCAGAGCUGAAUCCAUCCGCCUGAAUCUCCUCAAGUGCCUGAGAAGAACUUUACAGGACUGGAGCACUGACGACACUCUGAAGUUCCUGUACGGCGCUGAUCAUUCUCUGGGCGCUCCUUUCGCUGAUGUUAAAGAGAAAGAAGAGGUGCAGGAGGACGAGGAGCUGGAUGAAGACGAUCUCGAGGUGACAAAUGAGGCUACAGGAGAGGUUGAUGCCCGGGUGCAGGAGAGACCGUCUGCUGCAGCUCCAGAUUAUGAGGCGCUGAGGAAGGAGACUCAGCAGCUGGAGCUGAGUGUGAGGGAGUUUUAUAAAGGGACCUGGAUCCUGCCUGAGGAGGGAAAGGAGUCAAGCAGCGACAAGGUUUCAGUCGAGGAGCAGAGCAGGAAGGACCCCGCUCUGCCACUUGUGGACUCUCAGGCUCAGCACCUCAUCCAGAAACGUAUCACGGUGGAGAAACUCAACAGCUGUCUCAGAAACAUUGUCGGUCCGCUGUGUCUCACCAUGAGUGACGUCUCCACUGACCUGAACAACCUAGUCAGAACAUUUAGGUUCACCAACACAAACAUCAUCCACAAGACUCCAGAGUGGACCCUCCUCGCUGUUGUGCUUCUCCAUUUGUUGUCUGAGGUUUCUCCGGUGGUGCUUGAGGCCUUGAAGAAGCCGGAGUCCGACGACUAUCUGAACACACUGAUUGAGGAACAAGGCCUACACGAGCAGGACCUCCUGAACUUAGUCCGGAUGUAUAAAACCUCGGCACACUAACACACGCACACAGCCAGAUAUGGACAUAUGAAAAUCCAAUACACACUCAGGAUGUAAGACUGAUUUAAAUAAAAAUGUGGGUAUGUUUGUUUUCCCCAAAUAACAUUUGUUGUAUUAAAUUUGAAAACUAAA